AUGGCCUCUUCGGAUCCCACCCAGCAUCUACCGCGCAUUCUCUGCAUCCAUGGAGGUGGUGUGAAUGCGGCAAUUUUCAAAGCACAGUUUCGCGCAUUUCUCGGCCACGAUAAACUGAAGAAUCGAUAUCGGUUUGUCUUCGUUGAUGCUCCAUUCUUUUGCGAUGAGGGAGUCGGCGUGCAUCCCGUUUAUUCGGAUUGGGGUCCGUUCCGGCGGUGGUUCCGCUGGCUCGAGUCUCACCCAGAGAUCGACCCGGGGGCCUGUCAAUAUGAGCUGGAAUACACCAUUGAGCGAUGCAUGGAGAGUGAUGAGGGUACGGGAGAGUGGGUAGGGACCUUAGGCUUCAGCCAAGGAGCGAAAUUGGCGGCGAGUAUGCUUUACGAGCAGCAGCUCAAGGAGAAGAAUGGACCCUGGAAAUUCUCUAUUAUUCUUGCCGGCAGGGCUCCCUUGGUCAGCCUGAGUGAAGAGGCUGAAGAAUUACCCUGGAUGCAGUCAGCAGGCGGUCUCCCCGACGCUGCCGACGUCGAGAGCAUCCUCGAACGCCCGGACAUGAAGUUGAAAAUCCCUACACUACACGUUCAUGGCCUCAAGGACGAGGGUCUGCAUCUCCAUAGGAAGUUGCUGGAAAACUACUGUGCGCCAGGGACCACGACGCUUAUCGAAUGGGAUGGGCCUCACCGCAUCCCUAUCAAGAAAAGCGAUGUCGACAAGAUAGUCGAUGCUUGGAUCGAGCUCGCCGACGAAUACAGCGUCUGA